AUGGUAGCGCCUUCCACCGAUACGGGAGCAUCAUCCUCCUCCCGUCGACAAAUCCAACCCGCACGUUCAGCAAUGCCUGGUGCAUCAUUGAAUACAAGAGCCACCUCUAGCAUGGCGCCACAACUCCGAUCAGGAUCUAGCGGAUAUCAUCGAAGGCAGCUGGACCCUCGUACCCGACAGAUGCACGCCGAGAUUGAUGCGCUAAGCCAAACUCAGGCCGAAAGUCAACCACAACAAAGCCAAUCUCAAGCUGGGAGCGCGGGUGCGCGUGGGGCAUCCCUGCAAAGCCAGUCACGGCUUGACGCUGACGAUGCAGCACCCAAAAGCAUCAGUGAAAUCGUUACGCUCGCAAGGGACGGGAGAUGGGCGGGCGUAGCUGGGACAGUGCGAAGCACGAGCAGCACGUCGGGUUUGAGUGCAACUCAAGCUUCACUUGAUCCCAGAGCCAGCCAGGAAGACGGCUGCUUGAAAGCAGCGGAGAGGGUGCAAGCAAUAUUGAUAGCCAAUGGACUGGUGCCCAGCUAUCCAAGUCCAGCCGCAGUGGAAUUCGCUUCAUCAUCCUCAUCAACGAGCACCGACCUAUUAUCACUGCAGGUGACACGCCUCAAUCAGCUUAGCCAGUCUCAUCUCGACCUGUCACCUCCAGACAGGACCAGCGCCUCCUUCUACUCCUUUCUUGCGCUCGCGCUCGAUCCUAAAAGUAUUCGUGCUCGUCGAACACUUGCCAUGUGCUACCUUGCAGGAUCGACCCCUUUCCCACUGACUUCGCCCCCGCUUGGAGACGUUUUGUCAGCACAUGCCACCCUGCAUCUGCUCACAGAUGGACCCAGCACGAUAUUCGAGGACGCGGAAUGCGCUCGGCUGUACGCGAAGGCUUGUAGCAGGUUGAGCAAGUUCGAAGAGGCGGAGACGGCGCUGAGAUGGACGGCCUCGCGCACAGACAAAUCCUCGACCUUCUCGAGCGGCAAAGUGCACCCGCGUGCCGGUGCGAAUUCCCCAACUAGUUCGUCAGUCGACUUGUCAAAGGGCGUGCUCGAACCGCAUCGUGUCGUCCCAGGCUUGACGCGAGAAAAGGUGAGAGCGCAGGCCCACGAUGAGGCUGAGUUGGCCGCUCUGGCUUGCAAAAGUGGCAAGAGCCAGGAUGCGGAAAUUGGAUAUGCGGCAGCCGGCGUCGAUCCUUGGAAUUGGCGCGCUUGGAUAGGAAGGUGCGGACUUGCCUCCGACCCUUCGGCCGAGUACGCUUUUCCAGGCGCACUGGCCCACCACUCCCCAGCGGUCUUCUUCGCGGCCGUCUUCCUCGAGCGGCUGAGCGCCGCUGGACUAGAAGCCACUGCGGAAGGAUGCCUCUCCUGGGUCGGAGGCCGAAGUGCCAAUGCAGAGCAGGUAGGGAGGGCGGGCAGCAUGAGCAAAGCUAAUGCGGCUGUAGCGAAAGAAAGCAAUGUGGUUGAAGCUGCUGCUGCGGCUCCUACGCGAGCUGGCAGUCACACCUCUGCUCCUCAGGUCCGUCCUGGCUCACGGCACCCUUCUCAGACUGCUGGCAGCGCAGUAACCGCUGGGGUCAAGCGAGUGAGAGCAGCCGGAACAGUUGCUGCCCCUUCUAGCGCAAACGCAACCAGAUCGCAAAGCACUACGCGCAGCGGCGCGGCCGCCACGACUCGUCCAGGUGUGAGGCAAGGAUUGUCCGUUGGCCGCCAAAACGAACCGCCCACUCGACCGGCUAGCAGUAUGAGUGGAAGCAGCAUUCUGACCUCUUCGGCAAACGCGGCAGAUGAGAAACCGGCUUCUUCUCAUAUUGUCAUUGGAGGAUCUCAAAGUCAGCGAGUGACCAGAUCUGCUCUGGCUCCUACUUCUGGAGCAGCACAGACCAGAUCGCGCGCGGUCAAUUCGCAGGGUGGGAGGAGCGCUGCCACCAGAAACACCCCUUCGUCCGCAUCUCAGACUACACCUGCUCCACAAGGGGCGGCAAAGACAAAUAGCAUUGCUGGCAGGACUGCCGCACCGACUGGUACACAAGCCCCGCGACGUGCCAUGAGAGCCGGUGCACCUUCCUCUGCGACUUCCUCGGAAAGCGAAGCGGGGCCCGGACAUCGCAAGGCAGGCCUGACUGCAGGUCGAUCGAACAGUAGCGGUCAACACAAGGAGCGCAAUACUGCGCUUGGUGAAGAGUCGGCCGCGAUCGAUCGUGCGCUGAGGGAGGUCUUGCGAGCGUCUUGCGAAGAGGCUGCUCGCUUGGCUUGCAUUUGGUCUGCUGUGGAUGGAGCGGUGUUGGAUGUGGUGCGGACGAUGGCGGAAGCUUAUGGCGCCUUGAGUCGAAACGUGGGCCGCAAAGCCAGCUGGGUCUUGCGACCUUCGGAGGAGAUGUUUGGCGAGACUUCUUCUGGCUCCAAAGCGAGGUCUCUUGGCUUCAGCGAAGGCUGGAAAGAUCGAGGGGAUCAUAGGAGGGGCUCAUUGCCUGCUUCUGUGCGCGAUGCGCCUGCUACGAGAUGCCUCUUGGGCAUUGCCGCAUACCAAACGGCGGACUAUGCUACUUCUGAACGACACUUUGCCUACGCGAGAGCCAAGGAUCCCUCGAUGGUGCAGCACAUGGACAUUUUCUCCACAGUCUUGUUCUAUCUCAAGAGGGAAGUAGCGCUCUCUGCGCUCGUCUGUCACUUGAUGCUGCUGGACUCUUCGCACCCUAUCGCUCAGAUCGCAGCAGGAAAUGCUUACUCGAUGCAAGGAGAGCAUUCGAUCGCUUUGAGGUGUUUCAGACGAGCGGCGCUCGCUUCGCCUGCUCAUCCUUACGCUUAUACGCUGGCGGCACACGAAGCGAAAAGUUUGAAUCUGCUCGAACGAGCUAUCGCGCUUUAUAGAGCGGCGAUCAGAGCGGAUCAGAGGUUUUGGAACGCUUGGGCGGGGUUGGCAGAGGUUUAUAUGGCCAAUGAGUCCUUUGACCUCGCAGAGUAUCACUGGGGAAUGGCCUUGAGACUCAAUACUGGCAAUGCGGUCUUGUGGGACGUGUAUGGCCGGUGCCAGGAGGCGCUCAGUAAUCCUGUAGAAGCACGCACGGCUUACGAACGAGCUAUCAGUCUGGAUCCCAAGCUCCCGAGCACUCGCCUGCGUCUUGCCCAGCUGCACGCGUUCUUUGGUGACACGGAGAAAGCGCACGAGCAAUUGCUGUUGACUUGCCAACUUGCGCCCGACGAGCCCUCGGUGCAUCUAGAGCUGGCUCGAUCGUACAUGAAGCUGGGCGGAGGAGAAUUUUCAACCGCUUCCGCCUCUCGCAAGAAGACGCAGCUGGAGAGAAAAAAGCGUGGAUGGAGCGCGUGGUCCGAUGCUCAGGGCAAGAAGGUCCUUCGAACCGCUCUUCCAGAAAAGAUGCAGGAAUUGGUCGCGCACCAUCUUUGUGCGGCUAUCGAUCUGGACCCGAGAUCGCUGCGGGAGAUCAAGAGUAUGGGAGAGGGUGCUACCAGCGCGUUGAGAGGUGCGGCUUGGCAGUCUAGAACGAGCAUGGGGGUAGAGGAGGAGGAGGAGGAGGAUGAGAUGCAUGUGGAUGAGGAUGAGAGUGUAAACGAGGAGGAGCAGGAGGAGCAGGAGCAGGACGAGUUGGAGGAAGAAGCGAUUGGAUAUGCCGAUGCGGAUGCGGAUGCGGAUGCGGACCUGGACGAAUCGGGCGCCGCCGCAGCAAGUUCUUCGUCGGAAAAUCAAGAUGCUUCCACGUCUCGCCAAGCUCGACAUCCCUUGCACGCUGGAGACGGAGAGUCGUUGGACGCGGACGAUCUGAGGGCGGUACAGGAGGCUUUGGACGAUGAUGAGAUGUAUGCGGCCGAAGAGAGCUCGGAGAGGGACGAGCUGGAGGUGGGACAGGAACUGUUUAGGGGUGGUGCUGCAGCAGCUCAGACGAGCCAGAGUCAGGAUAUGGACGUCAGCUCGUGA